AUGGCUGCUGAGAAUGAGUCGCCCGCUCGCGAGCCCGCUACUCGCGGCCGCGGCAGGGGCGGGCGUGGCGGUCGCGGCGGACGAGGCAGAGGCGGCAGCAAACUCGCAACCUCUGCCGCUGCCUCAGCUACCAAGCUCUCCGUGACAAAGCCAGGUCGCGGCGGCUCCCGCAGAGGUCGCGCAAAGAGCUUUACAGAUUCUCGUGUCCAGGCCGCCUAUGAGCGCCAGCGCGAUCUCAAAGCCACCUACCAAGCCGUUGCUCAUGCCAUCAAGCCCGCGCUCCAGGAGCUCGCUGACCGUUGCAUUGACGAGGUCCUGCAAAAUCCAGACCUUCAUAAAAACGUUCCGGAGCAUCAAAAUGUUGUCCGCCAAUUACAGGAAAACUAUGACAACAGGGUCGCCCAGCACCAACGGCGUCGCGACAUUGACCUUAAGCUCGCCAAGGACACCUACGACGCCGAGGUCUAUGUCGCCGAGCGUGAAUUUCAGAACGCUGUAGAUGACAUGGAAGAGCAAUUCUAUGAAGGCCAAGAAAAUAGAGUCCGCAUUCUGAACGCCCUCUGCGCCAAGGGCCUUCCCGUCGAUGUCCGUGAUGAUCAGUAUCAGUACAAGACAAUCACUGAUGCCCACUUUGACCGAGAGUUUGGUCUUUAUGAGUGCUACAAGAAUGGCCACCUUGUCCCUUACCCCUCGCGUGUUCCUGGCACCGAGAUGUGGAAACGGGGCCGUGUUGCCGAGGCCGCCUCGGUACCCGCUCCCUCCAGCACUCCCACCAGGGGUCGCGGCCGCGGUCGUGGUGCUGGCAUUAACAAGCGCCGUGCUCAGGACCAGCCCGAUGGCCAGCCCAUGCUCAAAAAGUCGACUCGCGGCACCGAAGACGCUGCACUCUUGGAGCAGCAACACGCCGUCACAACCCCUGCCCCUGCCAAGGGUCUGCUAGCCUCCGCCGCUGAGGCAGAGGCUCAUCCCAACGGUGUUGCCGAGGAGGAAUCCAUGCCAGCGUCACCGGAGCCAGUCAGCCUGCCUAAUGGCACAUCAGCUGCCGCCAAAGAUCCGAGCAAGCAGUUGCACGCCCGAGAAAAGAGCCCGCCUCUGCCCAAAAACAUUGGCGAGCCCGAUGAAUACGGAAUCCGCUUGUAUAACCAAAGAGGACCCCGCGAAAAGGCCAUGACUAGCCGAUUCAUGGCUCCUCCCGUGUUCACAUUCAACGACUGGGAGAUUGGCUUUAGAGAUACUUCCAAUGACUCCUCUAAAGGUCAUACCAGAGCAAAGCGAGGCAAAUACCUCGACACACCCAACAACACUGGCUGGCACUUUGACCAAUGGUGCAAUGGAUAUGAUUACUCUUCCAUGAGCCCCCGUGAGCUCGAUGCAGAGCUGGUGGAAAAGCAUGGCCUGCACCCCAAGUAUGGAAUCUUUCUGCCCAGCAGCAAGAAUGACGCCGUCACGAGUAGUCCCUAUGAUAUACCGGGCAAGCCGGUUGUCUUCAUCGCUACGCCUUCCGGCCGCGUUUCAUACGCGUCAAGAUCAUUCAUUCCCACGGUCAAUCACCGACGGUCCGAAGAAGCACCUUUUCGUCUCAAAUUUGGUGCCUCCGUGCGCCGUUUUUGCAAAAUGGAUGACAUUCAAGAAGAAGAUCUUUCGCUCGCCGAUACCUUGCCGUCUUUCAUUGAGUUAAAGAAGAAAUCGCUCGGUACUGCUGCCAAGGAAAUGAAGAAGAGACCAAUCGUGGAGAUCCCUUCAGAAACGGAGGAAGAGGUUGAGCCCGAGGAAGCCAAGGAGACGGUCGACACUGCCAUGUCGGCCACGUCGGCCAUGGCGGCCAUGUCAAGCUUACUCUAUGCGUCUGCCUUCGUUGCAGCCCAGGAGACAGUCAAGGCGGCACCUCCACCUCCGCCCCCUAAGCAGGCGCGGUAUGACGCUAUUCGUGACGUCUUUACCGACAACAGUGCGCGACCACCGCCUGCACCACUGCAGGAUGCCAUGUCCCUGAGUCUCAACACACUUGCAGAGCUUUGCAAUGUAGAAACUCGACUACCCGGCGGCACCGGUGUCGUUUUUGAGCCCGAGCACAAGAGCCCUGUGAAGAAGGAAGAGACGCCACAGGCCAGCUCCUUCGGUCAAUUGCCACCCAGUCAGCGCGCCGAGCGUCACUCGCCCUAUGGUUACUCUUCUCGUGACCGAGCAUACCCCCAGCCGCCAUCAUCGGGCACCCUCCCCGAAAGCAGCCCGUACCCGCCUCUGGACCGUGGCCUCCCACCGCCUGCACCUAUGGACUUUAAGUCCCAUUACCCUCUUCCGCCAGGUCCCAUCUCACAGGACCACAGCUACUUUUACCCGCCGCAUGAUAUUCGUGACUCAAUGACGCCGGGACGCCCUCUUGACCAUGGUUAUGGCCAUGGUCAUCGCCGACUCAGCGGCUACGGGAGCGAAGCUCCACACGCACCACAGUCGUACUCGAGAGGCCCGUACUGGCAUCAGUCGCCAUCCGCGCCGCCUCCCGCAAUUCCACAGCCGACACACUACGGCGUACCACCUCCUCCGCCUUCUCGCCUAUCCUUCACGCAGCAGAGCAACGACCCUUUGCCUCCUCUGCGACCGCCUCGUCGCAAUCAAUCGCUGCCUGACGAGCCCAUGCACGACAGCCAGCGGUCCAAUAUACACAGCGGCAUCUACUACCCUCCUGGCCCAUCCCGGUCCUACCAACGCAGCGGGUUCCCGACAGAACCUCUGGCACCACUGCAGUCAAUGCCAGGUGAACGCAUGCUGCCGAACCCGCAGGCUCAGGGCUACAUGGGCUCGCCGCCGCCAGGCUACACCCACCAGGUGCUAUCCCCAACAUUUGGUAACCCUGGCCUCCCUGGCGUGAUUGGUCAGAGCCCCCCGGGCACACCCCAGGGAAUGCACAGCGGCAUCCACCGCCAUCGCUCUACGCCGUCUGGUUCAUCUGAUGCUGGGUCCAACAAGUAUAGGAAGCUGCAGCCCGCUCCUGUACCCGCCCACCGCAACUGGGCAAACAAGCCAGAGCUCAAGACGAUUCCUUAUGACCACAAAGAGACUGGUUCGUCGGCAGCUCUGCCUAGCUCGGGCCCGACACAGAUUAGAGGCUGGAACGUGAAUCAGCCGCGCAAGCGCAGCAAGGCAGAGAAACAGGAACGCGCAGAGUCGAGCAACGAUCGAGACGACUCCAGAUAG